AUGUCUUCGAAAAAGAAAACCCAGGAACCUGAUGCCGAUGUCUCUAUGGGAGAUGUGCCCGCCGCUGAUACGGAGGUCGCAGUCGCAGACGUUAAUGACCCCGCCAUGUUAGCGUUCGAGGAACAGCGAAUUCGAAUUCUUCCUGGAUCGUUGGCGACUGCCGCAUCUUUUGAAUUCCAGAAGGAGGACCAUACGCUGGGAAAUGCGCUGCGCCCGGAAGUCGAAUUCUGUGGAUACUCCAUCCCCCACCCCUCCGAAGAGGUCAUGAAUAUUCGAAUCCAAACAUACGAAGGUACAACCGCUGUCGAAGCAUUAGAGAAAGGGUUCAAUGAUUUGAUGGAUCUCUGUGAUGUGGUGGCGGAAAAGUUCGUGGCAGCCCGAGAGGAAAAUGUAUCACGGAUGGAAUCAUAA